CAUAUUUCUCGUGACUUCGUGAGAAGGCUCUGGCUCACUAGCCAAUAAAGGCAACCACACUAGUAGAUCACAUUUCAGUCUUAGUAAUCGGCCUUUAGUUCCCAAUUCCAACAAUCUAAAUCUCAUGAUCACCUCUCUGGAUUCCCAUUUUCAUCAAUCUUCAUAGCUUAAAAUAUUAGUAUUGUUCUAUAAGAGCAUAGAAUUUGAUUCUCUUCAUCUUCCUUGGUGUCAUUGCUUUCAUAUUCUUACACCAUUUUAAAUUUGAACUUUGAAGUUCAAAAUCAAAACUUGUGAGUUUGCUCUUUGCAAGGACUUGAACUGUUGAUCCAUUACCAUCACAAAUUCACAAUGGUGUCUGCUGCUUGUGUGGCCUGGACAACCAGUUCACAGUUAGCAAAAUCUAAAAAAGACAGUACUUUUCUGCAAGAUGAUGGUUUUCUAGGUGAGAGAAUCAUCAAAGGGAGUCUGAGUUACAGUCCCUGGAUCAAUAAUCAAUUAGCCACAAGUUGGAGAGGCAAGGAGAGUGUGAAGAAGGCCAAACCUGGUGUUGUGUCUGCUGUUCUUACAUCAAAUGAUACCAAGGAAUCCUUGAGCAUUCAAGUGCCAACCUUUCUCAGAAGAAAGGCAGACCCUAAAAAUGUUGUUUCCAUCAUAUUGGGAGAACGUCCUGGGAUUCAACUCCUUCCUCUUACCAAACGAGCUGCAACACCUGCUGUCCCUGUUGGUGGAUGCUACAGGCUUAUAGACAUCCCAACGAGCAACUGCAUUAACAGUGGCAUCAACAAAGUAUUUGUGUUGACCCAGUUCAACUCUGCAUCUCUCAACCGUCACAUCUCCCGCACCUAUUUCGGAAAUGGCAUCAAUUUUGGGGAUGGAUGUGUGGAGGUUCUAGCGGCCACCCAAACACCAGGAGAAGCUGGCAAGAAUUGGUUCCAAGGCACUGCAGAUGCUGUGAGGCAAUUCACUUGGGUAUUUGAGGAUGCCAAGCACACAAACAUUGAGAAUGUGUUGAUCUUGGCAGGAGAUCAUCUAUACCGUAUGGAUUACAUGGACCUUGUGCAGAGUCAUGUAGACAGAAAUGCAGAUAUUACAGUAUCAUGUGCUGCAGUGGAUGACAGUCGAGCAUCAGAUUAUGGAUUGGUCAAGGUAGAUGGCAGAGGCCGCAUCAUCCAAUUUUCAGAAAAACCGAAGGGUUCUGAUCUGAAAGAAAUGCAAGUAGAUACCUCUCUUUUUGGCUUGUCACCUCAAGAAGCAUUAAAGUCACCAUAUAUUGCAUCUAUGGGGGUUUAUGUAUUCAAGACGGAUGUUUUACUUAACCUUCUAAAAUGGAGAUAUCCUACUUCGAAUGACUUUGGAUCUGAAAUCAUUCCUGCAGCUGUGAAGGAAUACAAUGUCCAAGGUUACUUUUUUGGUGACUAUUGGGAAGACAUUGGAACAAUAAAAUCGUUUUACGAUGCUAACAUGGCUCUUACUGAAGAGAAUCCAAUGUUCAAAUUUUAUGAUCCCAAGACGCCCAUUUACACAUCUCCAAGAUUCUUGCCACCAACAAAGAUUGAUAAAUGCCGGAUUGUGGAUGCAAUAAUUUCCCAUGGAUGUUUCCUGAGAGAAAGUAGUGUCCAACACUCCAUUGUGGGUGAACGUUCACGUUUGGAUUAUGGCGUUGAGCUCCGGGACACUAUAAUGAUGGGAGCAGACUAUUACCAAACUGAAUCCGAAAUCGCUUCCCUGCUAGCAGAGGGGAAGGUUCCCAUUGGGAUCGGAAAGAACACCAAAAUUAGGAAAUGUAUAAUUGACAAGAAUGCAAAGAUUGGGAAAGAUGUCAUCAUCAUGAACAAAGAUGGUGUGCAAGAAGCAGAUAGAGCAGAGGAUGGAUUCUACAUUAGAUCAGGAAUCCCUAUCAUAAUGGAGAAGGCAACAAUAGAAGAUGGAAGAGUGAUAUAAGUCGGGUGUGUUUUACUUAUUUCAUGUGGCUGGUUGUCAAAGUAGCUGCAAGAAGCAUUCCAAGGAACACUUAUCUUUGGGAACUGAAGAGUAGCAGAGAAGUUGCAAUACCACGUUCAGCUGAAAAACCAGCAGUCAUUUUUGCUGUAUGUGCAAAAUAGAAGGCUACUUGUACAAAUAGAAUGUAUAAAUAAAAUAUGAAAUCGGAAUGUACAAAAGCAAAAAAAUAAAGGUUAUGUUUGGCACGCUUAGCUGAUAAGCUAGCUGAAAGUUGAUAGCUGAAAAGCUAGCUCAUAGCUGAAAGUUGAUAAGCUAGCUGAAAGCUGAAAAGUUACGUAAUUGUAACAAAUGUGUUUGGUAAAAUUAGCUGUUGAACAAGCUGAAAUUGUAAAAUGACAUAAAAGGACAUACUUGUAUAAUUAUUUUUAUAUUUAACAUUACUUUAUUUUCA